GAGUUGAAAGUAUGAGUUGGGAACCUCUUUUCACAACCAAAGGCUUGUUAUCAGAUGCUAAUCUUUUUUGUAUAAUUUUAAAGCAUUUGUUAUUACCCAUUAACACUAAUUUAUUACUUCCAUUAGAAUUAAGCAGAGCUUUCAGCAUUGAUUAUAAAGACAAUGAUGAUUUCAUAUGUGAACUGAAAAAACAGUUGAAUGUAAUUACUAAUUCAGAAGGCUAUUUUAAUUAUCUGCCAGUCAUUCAAUCAUCUGGUUAUGGAAAAACUAGAGCUGUUUGCCAGCUUGCUAAGUCUCAUCCACUAAUAUAUGUGUGUUUUCGUUCAAAAACUUCAACUGGGCAUCCACCUGCUACACCAAAAAGCAAUAUCAUGCACCAAGAGCUAGUGAAUAUGAAGAAUAUAGGUGAAGCUCAUACUAUGGCACUUUCUUGGCUGAGGUCAAUGAUUCAAGUAUUCUGUGAGAUGGGAUUAGAAAAAAAAUCUGAAGACUUGUUAUAUGAUGAAAAUCUAGCUAAUGAAUUCUGGGAAAAUGUUUAUGUUUGGAAACAGAAGCAGGAAGACAAUAAACAGAUUUUAGAAAAAAACUUUAAAAAGAUAAUAAUUUUUUUUGAUGAAGCAUCUUCUCUUCUUUAUGAUGUUAACAAAAACAAAAUGGAUCUAGGAUUUAGAGCAGUUCGUAGAGCACUCUGGGAUCUUAGACAAUACUCAUAUGGUAUACUCACAGAUACCAACUCCUCAGUUGUUAAUCUAGCACCUUCAAAGGAAGAUGAUCCAUCAGCAUGUGGUAAAUUGAGCAUCUGUAAACCAUUCUUCUAUAUUUCAACACAUGAUUGUUUAAGGGACUUUGAAAAACUUCCACAUGAAGAUGAUGGUUUGGGAUAUAGUAUUGUUCGAUUUGGUCGGCCUCUUUGGGGCUCUCUUUGGGUUGCUAAGCAAGGUGUAGAAGAUCAAAUCAGAUUCCAAGAUAUAAUUUGUCUUGCAAAACAGAAGCUUCUUGGUGGUGUUGUUUCUUGGAAAUAUCUUAAUAAAGUAGACAAGAAAAUAGCAGCACUUGCUGUGGUUUCCAGUGUUGCAACAUUACAUGUCUCUCCAGUUUCAUCUAUUGCAAGUGCUUUGGUGAUGUCACACAUGGCUACAUUGGUUGCAAUCAGUGAAGAUCAUAGAUAUCAUAUUAUCACAUAUCCAUCAGAACCUGUAAUGUCAGAAGCAGCAUUAGAACUGCUUUCAGAUAAAAAUGUUGAAUUUGAAAUACUGUGUGAACUGGGCAAUGCCUUUCAAUCAGGUGGCAUCCUUGAUGCUGGUAGUCAAGGAGAACUGGUUGUGAGAUUGCUGUUUUUAGGUGCUUGGUGUCACCUUAUCUCCUCAAAAAGAGGGAAAAGCCCCAACAAUAAGGAACUCUUCAACAAAGAUUUUCAAAAGGACAUAUUUUCACACCUUGAACAUUUUCAGAUUGGUUUUACCCACUUUGUUAUGCUUGAUUACAUGCCAGAUAAGCAAAUGUUUUUGGAAAUUUACAGGCGACAUGCUGCUAUAGUUUGUCAAUGUAACCAAGAAGGUGUUGAUCUAGUGAUUCCUAUUAUGCAUAAAAAUAAAAAUGAUAUUGGGGCAAUUAUAAUUCAGGGUAGUUAUAGUCUACCAAUUGAUGCUGUGCAAAUUGCACUUGUCACGUCAUUCGAGAGUCACCAAGGUGUACCGUAG